AUGUUUCACGCGACUACCAAAUGUUCAAGAGCAGCAGCCGCAGCGCUUCGUGGCCGCACGUUACCCUUUAGAAGAAUCCGUGUUCCAUACUCGACGCCGUUGAGAUCGAUUCACGGUGAAAUCAGCGUUCCAAACACGAACCAUGUUGCUAUUCAGAUGGUCAAUUACGCUCUUUCCCACGCUAGAUCACAAAAAUCAGAUGAAUCUUAUGCUCAAGGGAUGUUAGUACUUGAACAGUGCCUUGGGAAUCAAACGAAAGAUGAUCAGGUUUCUCAUGAUUCUAAAGCUACAGUCUUGCUCGCUAUGUCUGAUCUGUUAUACGAAAGUGGGAACAGUAGUGAGGCCAUCGAACGCCUCAAGCAAGUCAUGACUCUGACACUCUCUUCGUUGGCUAUUAGAGUUGCCGCUGUGGAGGCUCUUGUUGGUCUGCUGAUUCAGUCAGGACAGGAUGAUGUUUCAUUGAAUGUUGCUGAAGAAUUUCUGGAAUUGGUUAAAGAAGGAGGCCAAGAGAAUCUUCAGGAUGUGGCUGCUACAGCUAAAGCGGUCAAAGGUCUCGCUGAGUUUGUGAACGGAAAUGUAGAAUCCGCCGAGUCUUUAUUUCGAGGAGUUGAGGAUCAUGAGAGCUGCAAAGGUAACAUUGCGCUUUCAUAUGGUGAAUACUUGCACGCAACCGGAAACUUUGAAAUGGCAAAGGAGAUGUAUCAAAAGGCAAUUCAAGGAGUGAAAGAGACCAAAGAAUCUAUGUGUUCUUGUAACAUGAAUCUGAAGGCAGUCUCCUUGGCAGCCACAUUUGCUCUGGGGCAGCUCCAGUCACACAUCGAAAACUUUGGUGAUGCAGAGGAGACGUUGACAAGUGCAUUGACAAGCGCUGAAGAACAUUACGGACACAAUCAUCCCAAAGUUGGUGUGAUUUUAACCGGAGUAGCUUUGAUGUACCGAAACAAAGCGAAGCAAGAAGGCUCGAGUUCUAUCCUGAUUCAAGAGGGACUCUUCAGAAGAGCGUUGGAGAUCAUGAAAGCACCUUCACUGGAUUCACAAGGGAUAACAAACAUGGAAGCUCAAGAAGUAAUGGCUCUAGCAAGAGGCGGGUAUGCGGAGCUACUACUGAUCCAAGAGAACAGAAAAAGCGAAGGAGAGAAAAUGAAAGCAUGGGCUGAAUCUGCGUGGAGAAACAGACGCAUCUCUCUUUCACAGGCAUUGACUCUCUCAGAGCCGUUAACUGAAGUAGCCAUCAUAGAUUCUCGUACCACUCGUGUCCUCUGA